CCCCAACGCUAGGCCUGUCCUCGGAGGGGUGCACUGGACACUUUCCAUCAUAACUCCCAUCUCUGACCCCAUGGCGAAGUCCCCAGGGAACUCUACCCUGGAGGACAGUCUGGGGCAAUACCAACGGAGUCUCCGGGAACGUGCCAAUAGAAGCAUUCACCAAUUGAAAUGUGCCCUGAGAGAAGUCGAUGCCACCAUAGAGGAAGAUGCACUGGAUCCUUCCACCAGCAUUAACGUAGAAAAUGUGGACACAGGGGUGGCCUGGCAUGAACUGCAGCACAGCCAUGCUGUCAAUCAGCUGAAGGCUUUGUUGCGACAACAAACAAGUACAGAAAAUGAGACAUCUCCACGAAGACGAAAGUUGUCCCCUUCGCGGCCCUCAGAUUGUGAGGAUGGUAGCUUGCCUACCAUGCACAACCUUGUUCCUAUCAUUAACGACCAGUCUCAGUAUAUUCACCAUUUGGAAGCAGAAGUCAAGUUCUGCAAGGAUGAAUUAUCCAGCAUGAAAAAUAGGGUGCAAGUAGUUGUACUUGAGAAUGAAAGGCUCCAGCAAGAACUGAAAUCUCAAAGACAGGAGGAGACCCUGAGGGAGCAAACACUUCUAGAUAUGUCUGGAAACGUGCAGAAUUCUUGGAUGAAGACACGAGAAGAUUCUAGGGUGAUUGAAACUACAAAGAGACCGUUUUCUCAUGGUGAUGCUGAGACUGGCAAAGCUGCAUCCACCGGUGAUGCUGACAAAUGGAGGCUAGAGCUGGAGAGGCUGAAACUCACAUAUGAGGCGAAGACUGACCUUCUGGAGUCUCAGCUGAAGCUUUUGAGGAAAGACUUGGUUGAAUAUCAGAAAACCUGUGAGGAUCUUAAGGAAAGAUUGAAGCAUAAAGAGUCUCUUGUGACCGCGAGUGCAUCCAGCCGUGUGGGCGGCCUCUGUUUGAAGUGUGCUCAGCAUGAAGCUGUUCUUUCCCAGACCCACAACAACGUGCACAUCCAGACCAUCGAGACGCUGACUAAAGAGAGGGAUGACUUAAUGUCUGUGCUGGUUUCUGUGCGGAGCAGCUUGGCGGAAGCACAGGAGAGGGAGACAAGCGCCUACAAGCAGGUGAAGCACGCUGUGCAGAUGACCGAAGAAGCCAACUUUGAAAAGACCAAGGCUUUGAUCCAGUGUGAGCAGCUGAGGAGUGAGCUGGAGAGGCAGACAGACAGACUGGAGAAGGAACUUGCCUCUCAGCAAGAAAAAAGGGCUCUGGAGAAGGAGAUGAUAAAGAAAGAAGUAACCAGAGAGCGGGAAGAGGCGGAGGCUAAGAUGUUGAUCCUAUCUCAGAAUAUUGCCAAGCUGGAGGCCGAGAUUGAAAAGAUUACAAGGGAGAAGACUUCAGCUGUCAGUCAAUUAGAGGAAGUGCAGAACCAGCUUGCAUCUCAGGAAAUGGACGUCACAAAGGUGUGUGGAGAAAUGCGCUUUCAGUUGAAUAAAACCAAAAUGGAGAAGGAUGAGGCAGAAAAGGAACACAAAGAAUACAAAGCAAAAUCUCAAAAGGAUCUUGAAAUGAAAGAUCAGGAAAUAGAGAAGUUGAGACUGGAACUGAGCGAAAGCACGCAGCAAGUGGAGCAGGAGCAGCAGAAGGCAGCUCGGGCCAGACAGGAGUGCCUGCAAGUCACAGAGCUGCUGGGCGAGUCUGAGCGCCAACUGCACCUCACCAGACUGGAAAAAGAUAGCAUUCAGCAAAGCUUUAGCAACGAAGCAAAGGCCCAGGCCCUCCAGGCCCUGCAGAGAGAGCAGGAGCUGACACAGAAGAUACAGCAAAUGGAGACCCAGCACGACAAAACUGACAGUGAACAGUAUUUACUGCUGACCUCCCAGAAUACAUUUCUGACAAAGUUAAAAGAAGAAUGCUGCAUAUUAGCCAAGAAACUGGAGAAAGUCUCACUGAAGAGCAGAUCGGAAAUAGUUCAACUCAGUCAAGAAAAAAGAUACUUGUGUGAUAAGCUAGAGAAGUUACAGAAGAGAAAUGACGAACUGGAGGAUCAAUGUGUCCAACAUGGGAGGGUGCAUGAGACGAUGAAGGAAAGAAUCCUCCCUGCAUUCUCUUGGAUGGAGUGCAGCUCUGUGGUCUGAUUCCAGUGUAGGAUCGAGAAGUGCCGUGGUUCUGCAUGCCUGGUAAACAAUGUGACUUCUUCUCAGAGCCAUUUCAUGAGCGUAUGGACAUAGAAUAAGGUAGUGUGCUUGCUACGUGCUAUAAGAUAGUUCUUGUGAGACAGACAGCCAGCAAAUAUGUGCUUCGCUUGUUUGGCCUUACCGAGCUACUCAGUCAUCUUCGCCUGCUGCCAUGGACCAAGGCUUCUCUGUUGGAUCCUGCGUGACUGUAGGGAAUUUGAGAACUGUGUGUAACGUGGGACAACAUCACACGUAGCAAGCCUUUGUGGAAAGUCAUUCCAGGGAAAGCCUCAGACCCCAGCCAGAAGCCUUGCAAAGCAAGCAGCCUGGCACUGUGCCUGUGCCUGUGCCUGUGCCUGUGCCUGUGCCUCAUCGGCUGUAACUCUCCUUUCUAAGCGCCUAAAAGCACUGGCAUGUCAGUCAGCAAAUCUAGAACACUGGAGAAAUAUUAUUAGGAAGAAUGCAGUAAGAAAUAAUGACAAGAUAGAAAACAAAUCCUGUCAGAGCAGGGAAUAUAUUUGGCUUCCACUUGCUGUGUCUGUCUGUUUUCUUGAAUGGUCCAGAAUAGAAACCGGAUGUUUAAAAUCGCCCUCUCUUUCACAUGCUCUCCUCCUGUCUCCCUUCCUCUUCAGUAUUAGUAGGCUUACUAUUUUUAUUAUUUUUUAUUUAUAUUCCUAGUUUUCAAUAUUUGCCAUUUGUGUGGGUAACACAUUAAUUUUUAAUGAAAUAUUUUGAGACUCUCUAGCUGAAUUAUAAAAGAAACUUGAAAUGUAUAUAGACUCCCAGGCAGCAUAGGAAUUACUAUCACAUGGGGUUACUUUGCCUAUGCAUGAAGGGCAAGUGGCAGUGCUGAAGGAUGGUGGGAAGUUAGAUGGAAGCCUGUUCUUUGUGUAAAGAGUCCAGUUUGUAAUGACCUCGACAGUGAAGGCGUUUUAGGCGCUGUUUUUGUUAGCAAUUAAUGAAUGAAAUGUUACAUUAAUGUGCCAGUUAAUUUCCUUUUUAUUAAAAAACCCAUAUUUUGACAAGCCUCAUUGCUUGGCAAGCAGUUCAUGAGAAACUUGUAUUAAAUGCUCUGUUGUUGUCCGUCUGUACUUGCAGUCAGGCCUUGUGAAGUGUUGCUUCAGACUGACCUAGAGCCUAACUUCAGUUUGUUUUUUUGAGAACUAAAGGCUCCAGGGGAGGCGGCAUCCGUCUCUUUGGUAGCUUGUUUCCUCUGAUCAGGGUUCUGUCUUAUAUGUGUAACAUUGAAUGACUGUUGGAAGUGUGUCAGAAUGUUGUCCUUAUAUGUCCAGAGAGGGCUGUGGCUCUAUUUGUGUUUAUGAUCUGUUUUAGAGUUUUAAAUUGAGACAACUAGUUUCAUUUUAUUGUUAUUGGGUUUUUCUUUUUGUUUUAGCUCUUUUAUUAUUAUUAAACAAAAGUUUUCAUGUAUUAUUAGAUCCUUAAGAUAUAAUAAAGUAGGUUCCUUUUCAUUCUCAAACAAGUAUUUUAUAUUGGAAACUUAAAUUUUAUUUUAAUCAUUAUAUUUAGGUGGCUAAUUUUGUGUUCUCUUCGUAAUGAACAUUUCUAAAUGACUUUACUUUCCUCCAAUUACUUGUCAAUAUUUUUUUAAUUCUCUCCUAAAUAUUUUUAUCUAUUCAGUGCCUCACUUCUAUUCUGUCUCCCACACCUAUCCCCAGUGUACGCACACAGUGCAGGUGAGGACCGAGGCCUGCCAGGGAAGACUUUUCUGACUUGUAGCCUAGUGUUCUCUGACGUCUCAUGCACUCAUUUGUGUGCUCUGAGGGCAACAGUGGUGCUCUGGACUGGUAUGAAUAAGCAAGAGAGAAAAAUACUGGGCGGGCAGAGUCUGUAUAACACACACACACAUACACACACACACACACACACACACACACACACACACACACGAGUCAAGAUGCUUUUCUCUGUACUUGGAUAACCUGUUUUAGGCACAGUGUUAUUGGGUGUGUUUAUUUGUUUUGUCCAGAUAGACCACACCCAAACUGCAUCCGUACUCAAUUUUGGUUUUCCUAAGUGAGCUGCAGUCACACAGACAUUGGUUGGUAAGCAGCAUCUGCCAUUUGGGGGCCUUCUUAAUGCAAAGUCCUUUGUAUUCAUUUCAUGCACACUUUUCUUUGUGUAUGGGAUAUCCAGUGUUGUUGAAUAUUUAAACCAUUUCUCUUUGUUUUCAUAGAAUCUGUAUUUUAGCAGUCAUAUUUCUGAUUUAAAUACGUAUGUAAUUGUAUUAAUAGAAGUAGCAUCACCACACUUGAGAAGGAACAAAGCUGAUUUGAGAAGAUAUGGGAGCACCCGUGCCCAACUAUGCUUGACAGCAGCGGCCGUGGGCUGAGGAGUGCAGGUGUGAUGCUCCUUUGAGAGAGGUGAGGAAGUGGUGGCUCCUGUCUUCAUCAGAGUAAAUGGUGACCCAUUUGGAGCACUUCUGUAGUUGUAGUAAAAUAUUACCACACAGUAGCACAUUUGACUUCUCCACAAGCGCCUUUGUUCCCUUUUGUGUCAUUAAAAAAAAAAAAAAAAGCCAACCUGGAAACACAAAAUAGGCCGCUUUUCUGUUUACUGUCUGUUUUCUGUCCCUGAGCUAAGAAUACCAGCCUCAUCCUGCCCAGAAAGUGGGCCAGUGGUGAUUCCUUACACCAAGCCAACUGCCCACUGCAGCCCUCCAUAUUGGCUCCUACUGACCUGAUACCCACAGGGGUGAGGAGCAUAGCUGUAGGUGUGGUUGAGGCAGAAGCGUAGGGCAGCGGCCAUGCUGUCACAGAUAGGAAACUGAACUAAUCUUCCCAUGUGGUCUUGGGAGGAUAAGUUUGAUAGAAGAACAUACUGUUGAAAAUGCAGUGUUUUUAAGUGGAUUUAGACUGUGUCGUUACCUGAAGGUAGGGUCUUCCUAAGUAGCUCUUGUGACCCGGGACUUGCUGAGUAGUUCAAGUUGGCUCCAGAUUCAAGAGAUCUGCCUGCCUCUCCGUUUUGAGUGCUGGGAUCAAAGGCAUGUGUCACCACAUCCAGCCUGAUUAAUUCUUUUUUCAAAGUCAUUUAUUCUUUUAUUAAGUGUGAAUAUACAUGCAGGGGUCAUAGAACAACUUGUAGGAGUUAAAUCUCAACUUCCACAAUUUUGGUGCCUGGCGUCUAACUCCAGUUGCUUGGCUUGGUGGCCAGAGCCUUUAGUCACUGAAACAAACAACCAUCAAAAUGGAUUAAAGUUGAUUCUCGGUGUGCUGAGUAUAAAGUUGAUUCUGACAGGAUGUUAAAUCUCCUUUCUGAAUACAGAAAGCACAAGCCAAAUGUGACAAGGGACUCCUGGGUGAACAUAGCCCUUCCACUUCCGCUCUUCAUUCAUUCUGAGUUAGGGGUGAGUGUAAGUAUCCUCUCGUUUUCCUUCCUUCUUAGGUUUUAGCAUUUAUCAUUAUGGCGACGGCAGCACUUAGCUGAGUCACUUGGGAAAAGGUGCUUUGUCCCCGAUAGUUACUCCUUUACUGCACUUGCUACAGCCUGAAGGUGCUUCAUUUUUAUUGAAGACCCAGCUCUUGAAAGGUGGCCUUGAAAAACAGAGUGCAUUUUUGAUUUAGAGGAAUAUCAUAUGCAACAUCUAUCUAUAAGUGAAACAAAAUAUAUUUUGAUAUAUGAAAAGCUGCCAUAUAUCCUGCUUCGUCACUCUCUGCCCAUCUCCUUUGGCAUAGGGUCUGUCUUGGAACCUAGAACUAAGUGGGAGACAGCAAGCCCUACCGACACCUCUGGCCACGGAUUCCAACCAUUCACAGCACUGGGGCUACAGGGUGCUUGCAGCACAGCCACAGCCCCACACCCAGCUUUGUGUUGAGGUCUGGCCUGAACUCAGGUCCUUAGGCUUGCAUGUCAGGUGCUCCUCCGUGUUCCUCUGUCCUCCCAGUGCCCCACCUGCAGCCGUUCACGACGUCACUCUCCGUACUCAGCAGUUGGUGCAAACAGUCGGUUGAUGAAAUGUCCUGAGAACAUCUGACCUGUGCUGGCUGUGGUGGCACAUGCCUAUAAACUCAACAUUGGGAAUUCCAGCCCAUGGCAUCUAUACUGGGGGAGAGACACCAUCUGGGAAAAAUCAGAACAAAGAGAAAAAUGUCUGACUCAGCAGACUAUGAACUCAUUAAGAGUGUCGUCCUUUCUGGACCUUUCUGCACUCUGCCUGAGUUCAGGAGGCCCUCACUAAAGGACUGUAUCACCUUCAUCCACUUUCUAGACACCAUCUUCCCAAGGCUGGACGGAAAGUGUUUGCCACACGAAUGUGAUUCCCAACACCUUCAUUUAAGAAAACCUCUGGGCGUGGUAGUCUGAGGGCAAUCUGAGAGCUGGGGAGUCUGAUAGAGGAGGGUCCCUGGAGUGUGCUUGGUAGCCAGCCUAGCUGAACUAACACCCAGGUCCGAAUGGCGGAAUAAGAUGGAUACUUUCUGAAGAAUGUCACUCACAGUUGGCCUCGAAUGUCUACAUGCACCUACAAAUUAUCUCAUGUUUUCCUCAAAUUAUGGAAAAGCAAAAGUGAGAAAAAUACGGAGCUUGAUGUUCAACAAAUAUGUAACAUUUGUUAAAGGUUUUAUACCGUUUAAUUAUAACCUCACAUUUGGGGAACCUCCCAAGCCAUGUGUCUCAAAUUACUGUCAUUAGUAAUGUAAGCCUAAAGUUUCUGUGUGCAGUGCUGAACACCCCGUGGGCACUCAUGAGCAUUCGCUGAAGCUAUCGGGCAUGAUUUGAUCUCAUUAGAGCAGAAACGGCCCUUAUUUUGGAAGGUUUUGUAGGUCCCACUUAAUGGAGCUACUACUGCGGCUGUUAGCAGUACACAAAUGGCUCUCACUUCACCGUUGUGACAGUCAGUUGGAAGGAGUUAUUACUUCUCAAGCUUUUCCUCUCCCCAGUGACCUGAUACACUAAAACAUGAUUGUUAGGAUGCAAAUGAUGACAGCUUUCUAUUUAAUCAGCUAAAAUGGGACUUUUCACAGUGCUAAUGAUUUCUAUAUAAAAGAACCAACAUACAACUGAGGGUGGAAACAUGUCUUCUUUCACCUGACCAUGCAGAAAAGCCUUUAAGAAUUGACACUUGGAAAGAAGUUCCACAUUUCUUAUUCUAACCAAACACAAAUACUUCUGCGUCUCUUGUCUUUAAAGUAUUUGUGUGCCUGAGUCUUUAAGCGCUCCCUGUUACAGUGGGUAAUAUUUUAGUCAAUACUUCUCAUUUGAAUUCCGUAUCCAUUAUUUCCGUCCCUCUUCUUCCCCCUCCAACUCCUCCUACAUUCUCUCAAAUGCAUGACCUCCUCUCUGUAAUUAUUAUUGAUACACAUGCAUGCAUAUUAUACACACAUACAUACAUAUUGUUACACAUACAUGCCUUGUGUAUAUAAAAUCUACACACCCCAAUUAAGGUUGAUCCUUUGUGUUUGUGCGUGUGUUUUGCUUUCUUUUGUUUGAGACUGAAUCUUUCUAUGUAGUAGCCCUGGCUGUUCUAGAACUCACUAUGUAGAACAGGUUGGCUUCAAACUCAUCUAUUUGAGAUGCGUACCUCUGCCUCUGCCUCUGCCUCUCUGCCUCUCUGCCUCUCUGCCUCUCUGCCUCUCUGCCUCUCUGCCUUUCUGCCUCUCUGCCUCUCUGCCUCUCUGCCUCUCUGCCUCUCUGCCUCUGCUUCCCUAGUGUAGUGAUGAGAUUAAAGUCUCUGACUCCAUGCUCUCAACUAGUGUUGUUUUGAUGUACGAGGUUUAGUUCUGACCACUUGCUCUCUCAUAGCCUUCGGUUGGCCACUCAUACAGGAGUGGUGUCUUCUGAGAUUUUCCCCUAUCCCUGCUGGCACGUCGACUGGUGGUGUCUGUCUGUGUAAGACCAUUGUGAUUGCACUGAUGUGACGUCCUAGUCAUAUUCAGGAGACAUUGUCUAGCAACUUGUCCUUCAUCUUGACUCUGACUGGAUGUGCCCCGCCCUUCCCCCAGCUAGCUUCCACCACCCACCUAGCAACAUUCUCCCUCCCUGCACUGCAGAUAGAGCUUCCCUGAGUGCCACUGUAUACACACAGGAACUGUCCUAGUGCCCAGUGAUUAAGGAUGGCAUUCUGUGGGAAAAGUCUAACCACCCUUCACUUUGGCCAGUUGUACUGCUUAUGACCCCAAGAUUAUUAAUUCUGAAAAGAAUGAUGAAAAUCUUUAAAUAACGUGUUUAUUCAUAAAAAUGUCAAGCAUCAGCACUCAGGAGGCAAAGGCAGGAGAAUCUCUGAGUUCAAGGCCAGCCUGGUCAUUAGAGUUUCAGGACAGCCAGGGCAACAGAGAAACCCUGUCUCAAACAAACAAAACAAAACAAAACAAAACAAAACAGUCAAGCAUCACGAGAUUAAUUACAUAAAUUCUCUACAAUGGAAUCAUAAAGUGCCAAGAAAACGACUCGCUGAUCACAAAGGUUUUUACCAUCAUUAGCUGCCACACACUCAAAAUACCAAAAUAUACAAUAUAUCAAGAGCAAAUAGGCUAGAACUGGGGAGUGUGUGUGUGUGUGUGUGUGUGUGUGUGUGUGUGUGUGUGUGUGUAUAUGUGUGUGUGUGUAUAUGUGUGUGUGUGUAUAUGUGUGUGUAUGUGUGUGUAUGUAUGUGUGUGUAUGUAUGUGUGUGUGUAUGUGUAUGUAUGUGUGUGUGUGUUUGUGUGUGUGUGUGUGCAUGUGCGUGCAUGGGUGUUCCUCCUUUUUUGCAUAUACAACAUGUAAAUAGACAUAGUUAUGCAACCAAGAUAACAUAUUCCUUGUGCUCUAGCUUGACUAUUUCACAGCUAUGAACUCAGCCUGUGCCUCCCCCUAGUUUCUACAUAGAACUUAAUGUCCCCUUUGUUUUUCCCAAAGACUUGAGACGCACAAAGGUGCUGCUGGAGCAUCCGUGCGUUGGAGACAUUGCAGUCCAGAUCCGUGUCUCCCAUACGCCUGUGCCCAGGGAUGCCUCGUCACUAAUACUCAGCUCUGUCCAGGCUGUUCCUACCCUGGAACCUUCUUUCUCAUCUGCCUGCCCAUCCUUGUACCCACAUCCCUGGCAAACACAAGUUCUUUGCCCCAUAUAAUUCAGAGUAAUCCAACCCCACUUCAGCUCUUCCCUCGAAUAUAUUUAUUCAAGCAUACAUAUAUGCAGUCUAGCAUAGGUCUCGAGCUGUGCAUGCAUUUAGCACCGAAGCCUGGUAUGCACACACAGACAUUCACACAUACUGAAAGACUCCGUGAAGCCAUACUGAAUUUUGUCAUACACUUUUCAAUAUUCAUUUCCUACUUUUAUUAUUCAGAAAGUUGAUUUUGGACUACCAAAUUAAUUUUGUGACUUAUUUGUAUGUUGUAACACAAAGUUCAAGUGUUUGUGCCACCAAGCAUCAUCGGCUCGUUGCCGUCCAUUGCACUCACUGAUAGUGUCUAUGCUUUCUGUGCUCAGUUCUUUUCUUUUGCAAAGGAAAAUGCAAACAGUAGGAGCAGGCUCAGUGAGUGCUGCUCAUCUGGGAAACAGAGUCUGAGCAUUUGACCUUUUAGAUUUGUCCCUAGCACCGAAUCCUGCUAUUGCUUCUAUUAGAGAUAUGUGGGGGGUUGUUUGUUUUUGGUUUUUUCAUGGUUUGACCUAGUUCCUAACCCCUUCCUCCUUGCUCUGUUUCCUCAUAGCUGUCAUGCACCUCCCCUAGCCCUUCAGGGGGAUUCUUAAUCUGGAAUUAUAGUUGGCUUUCCACCUUCAUCAACCACAGGCCGAAUUUAACUUAAUCAUUUCUGAGAAGCAAGCAGGUCCAUUUCAGUCUGUUUUAGACGCUCCAGGCUGGAUUCCCAAUCUGAUCCUUCCCAGCCUUCAGGACAUCCAAGCUGUGUUGAGUCAGUCCAUGCACUAUGCACAUCCCCUGUGCGUUGAUUUUCUUCUGGAAUCGAAAUGCCUCAAGGUGCAGACUUCACGUCUUGCUGGGUACUGAUUACCCACAGCCUAGCAGAGUACAUUUUAAGUGUGCACUGUGAGGCCAAGAAAGUAUUUAUUUUGGUACUUUAAAUUUUAAAUUUGGUUAAAUAUCAUUAUGUUGCUAGGAACAGGAAAUAAAAAUUAAUUCUAAGACUGAGAAUUUGGACUAGUGGUCACAAAAUUUAUAUGAGAUCAGUUCAAUUUGGUGAUUCGGUGGGUGUGUGUCUCUUUCCCCCACAGGGAGUGCUCUGUGGUAACCUAGGUGCUUCCAGAGUCAGAAACACACUGUUCUCAGAUGACUCAAGGCGCUCGCCUAAGUCUGCAGAGUCUGUGCAGCCUGGGAGCCUAGUUCUAAUGAAGCCUGUGUGAGAAGAGAUGGUGGCACUUGAGUUUGCUCUCCCCUUGGCAUCAUGUAAUGUGGCUCAUUUUGUUUUGAAGGUAGCUCGUUCCAUGGAAACCAGACAGGGUGUUGUUGAGAUAGUAGGCUGAUGUCUCAAUGUAACAUAUUGGCCCACUGAGAUCCACAAGGGUGUGAAUCACAAACCCGCCUCUGUACAUUUCUGUAUAGUGUGAAUGUUCAGGAUGUGUAAGGAAACCCUGUGAGGGAGCAGGCUAUCUGUUCUGUUAUCAAUCCUGUGGAAAUGUGAAGUUGAUGGGAUAACCACUGCUCCUGGCUAAAACAAUCCAGCUACAGGAAAAGAAGGUUUCUAAACCAGGUAGUUCAGACUCUAAUCCAAAGUGCACUUGGUUUGUUCUCUUUGGGCUUCGUGACUGGCACUGUGUAUUUAAAGUUCAGCUUUGUGUGUGCUAUUCUCCUGUGAUGAUUUCAGGACAUAAAGUAAGAUGUUCACAAAAGCCAACCUGAGACCAAUACUCUGUGGCAGUUUAGCGGCAAAUCCCCGCUCUGGGCAUUUAACAGUAAUUGGGAUCUUUCUAUUGGCUUUGCGUACGCUCAGAUUAGUAGUAAAACCUAAGCCCCUUUCCAUUUGGCAAAUGCUCACACUUGAAGCAGCACAAAUUCGAUUCUGAUUGUGCUUUUCAUUCGCACCUAGCUGAGAUUUUGCCUGAUGCUUUUUAAAUCCUCUAAUUUACAUACUGUGGUAAAUUUAAAAUAAGAACAGAUGAAGGCUGCUGAGUUCCCCAUUUCACUGAUGAAUAUGGUAUUUUGCUUCAACUAUCUAGCUGUUAUAUAUUCAGUGACCUUUAAAACACAGAACUGAAACUUGUACACCGUGCGCGAUGGGUUAUUAGUGUUGCCUUUGUUCUGAGGCUGCGACUCUGAGACUCAGAGCCAAGCAGAGCAUCUGAGAGCUAACUGCUGUAGAACUAAGCUCAGAACUUCCUGUCUGUCCCUAGUCAGCUGGGCAGAGGGGCCUAAUCCACGCCUGGUCUCCUGAAGCCAGGGGAGUGCUGUUUCCACUCCUGGAGGCUUCUCCAUGGCCUGCUGUUUUGAGAGCACAACAGGGUGUCCUGUCAUACCCACCUGUAAGGCUGUGUCCUCCGAAGGCCCCUGUGAUUUUGGUCAUGGGUCUGCAGUGCUAAUGGGAGGUGGUAAAGCCUUAUUGGGAGGCUCUUGUUACUGGGCAUUUGGGAUGUGCGCUUGGCCAGGAUAUUGAGGUUCAAGCUCCUUCCUGCCUACUGUCGGCCAUCUGGCACUGCCGUACCAAGGCUGAUGGUCACAGAGGGAAGCAACCACCGACUGAACCCUUGAAAUCCUCGACCAGGACCAACCUUCCCUCCCUGUAAGCUGACUAUCUGAAGUAUUUUCCACAGUGCCUAGCAGAGGCUGUGGGCCAGGCUUAGGAAGAAAGGUUAACUUUGAAUGGCUAGCAUGGAUUUGACUGCAGUUAAACGCAACAAGUUAUCUCAUUUAGUUAUCUCAUUUAGUAAAAAUUAGAAUAUUUUCUUCCAAAAAACCAAAUUGGACUCAGUAACUGAGAUACAAUACCAAGAAGCUCUCCUGUCUGGAGACCUGCCCUGUCUUCUUGUCCCCUGCUGUGUCCCCUGCCUGGUAGUGACAGCUCUAGGCCAGGAUUCUUCUGUUUCCGAAGUUUGUACAGUGAACCAUGUGGCUCCUCCCGACACACAAGUUAUUCACCAAAUCAAGACCUCAGUGCACAUAACAAAUGCGCUGUCGGCUAGCUGGGUGUCCGUAGGAAAUAUCCUUAGACCCUACCAUCACAGCGUCACCUGGACUGCUGCGUUGCUGUUUUCCUUGGGGAAGUAAGCUGAGAAACCUGCCUUCGUGUCAGCGAGGGCUGAGAAAAAGUCCCUGUCUCAAAACAGCAACCAUCCACUAUCAUAAUACUGUUUUAAUAACCAAAAUCAGCAUUAAUUUCAAAUUUAUGUGUAAUACACAGGAUUAAAAAUCCACAAUACACAAGAGGAAAAAUCUAGGGCACAUUUUUAAAGAGAACUCCAAUAGCUGUGGAAGGAAGGGUCUUUCUCUCUCUGAUGAUGGGACAGAUUCCUGGGAAAUGGCAGGGUUUGUUUGCCUGGCCUUGAAGACCUGUUCAUGUCGUAACCUUGGCGGCUGUGCUCUCCUCCUCUGGAUCCUCUCCUCACUCUGGGAGACAGAGGCUCUGAAUGUGAUGAAUGACCCCGAUCCAGAACAUCUGAGUCCAAAUGCAACUGACAGGAAGUCAAGCUGCUGCCACUGGAUCUCACUUUAAGCAACCCCCAUGCAUUACACCCACAUUACAAAGUGGAUUGGCUAAGUGGACAUUCUUCACUUAGCGACCUAAUCUGCACUGGUGGCUCCCUUGUAAUGCGUGUGCGUGUGAAGUCGUUCAUUAGAACCCUUUGCCUUCGCCACAUUUCAAGUGCAAAGCCCAUUUAUAAUGUUACUCAGCGAAAAAGUCGCUUCCCAUUUGUCCAGUGUUUACUAGAAACCAAGUCCAUGAAUCAGAAAGGUCUCUACACUUCAGCCAUGUGUCUUCAGAAUGAGGAUUAGUGGGGCACUGAUCUGUGCCAAGGGUCUGAGUGAGCUGCAGUGCACACAUUCCUCCCGGGCUUACCUACAUCAUCCUAGCUUUCUAAGUCCCCACCCCCAACCCCCUUCAUCCAUCAGGUGAACCAGGAGUGUGCCACAUCUGUCAUGGUGGAAACUCCAACUCCUUGGCUUUCUCUCUAGGUGGACAAAAGUCACAGAUUAGGUCUAAGGAGAGUUACCAGGUCUUGUGUUUAGUCUUGAUUCUGCCCUGAGCAAUAGGGAAGUUCAUGGUUGCCUGGCUUGUCUGGCUUGGGACAAGCAGGUGGCCCAAGGUCACAGGGCCGGUUUAGUCCUCAUGUGAAAGUGGUAGAACAGUCCUGAGGUUGGUCCAGGCUGAAGCAGGUCACUUUGCCCUUUAUAGAGAGAGAGCGUGGAGGCAGCAAGAUGGCUCAGGAGUAACGGUCCUUCCUUUCAUCCCUGGAACCUACUCCCACAAGUUGCCCUCUCAUCUGUGCCACCACACACAAUUUUAAAAAUAAUAAUUAACUAAAAUGAAAGUGGAUAUUUUGCUUGACGCUUUUUGGUGAUGGAUUACACUUUGUUUUUUUCUUUUUACUCUAAAGGCAGCCUCCUCCCCUACCCCUCACUGUGAUUUUCUUUGACCCUGUCUGUAUUCAGAUUUUAUUUCACUUUGAAUGCAGGAGUUGAGCUGGAUAAGCUGGAGUUCAUCUGGGAGACCUUUGUGUAGAUGCUGUCUUUAAUAAAUGUUAAAUACCGUCAUCAAGCUGUCUUGUCUUCACAAGUUUUUAAGGCUCUGUGCAUUAAUCUGGAUGAGGGAAGCAACCAAAUCUGUUUUAUUCAAAUUAAAAAUUCUAGGGGAGCAGAUUGUCACAAAACACAGUGAUGAACUUGGAGAGAGGACACCGUGAGGAAGCAUAGGUGUUUAUCACACGCACUACAGACUCUGGUGCUGCGUGCACAGGGCUGCCCUUUAGUUCUCUUUGGGGCAGACUCCGCCCACUCUGUAACAACUCCUUGAUUGAUUGCUUUAUAACUUUAUGUAGAAAUGCUAUAAAUACCAGAUUGAGCCCACGUCUAGUCUCUUGAUCUUGAGGACACGAAGGAAGUUACAUUCUCGUCACCUCAGCAAUGACAGGUGCAGAAACCAAAUGUAAUUCACUCAGGUGUCCACACUUUUUUAUUAGUUCUAAAUUUCUUCUAAAACCUACCAACCACACUGAGGAAGACACAGAACAGCCCUGCUCGUGUGGCCUGCGUGUGUUACGUGGUCUGUCAUGUCCUUGUGUCAGCAUCCUUGCAGAGGACUUCCCACUCUUUGUUUGGUUCUGACAAGCCUCACAGGCUCUUCCACAGAUGUGCUGAGCUGCUGCUGCUGUGAGGACAUGGCCGCACCUCAGUCUGCGUUCUCCUGUGCUGUACAUGCUUCCCUCCUUAAUGCCUGGGUCUGAAUCCCUCAGAAUCGAGUCUAAAAAGACCAUACCUGAUGCCCAUUCCUGCACCCUCAGUCAGGCUUUCUGUGUUUCACAUUUGACCCUUUAACCAGAAUACUAAGUGGCUGUUAAGGGUAACUACUGCUGUUCCCAAAGCAAGAGGCCAAGCGUCUGGCCAGUGUUGACUUCAACCACUGCUAGGCUGACCAAUGUGUUUACUUCUCUCUUCCAAUAAGAUAGGAGAAUGCAGCUGCAGUGCCAAAGCUACCUGUCUGUCAGAAAUGGUGACCAGGUGCUGCAGUGCCAAAGCUACCUGUCUGUCAGAAAUGGCGACCAGGUGCUGCAGUGCCAAAGCUACCUGUCUGUCAGAAAUGGCGACCAGGUGCUGCAGUGCCAAAGCUACCUGUCUGUCAGAAAUGGCGACCAGGUGCUGCUGUGGCUGUGGUCUCUCUAGGCACCUUCUGGACUCCUCCGAGCUUGUUCUCAUGUGGUCCCAGCAAUGUCUUGUUACAAGCAUUCUUCCUGGUGGCACUCUAGUGUACAUAACAUUGUCAUCAGGGAAGGUCAACCUUGAGCUAUCAGGGAUCCAUUCCUCUGUGUCCCCCCAACUCCCGCCGCCACCGUCAUUUUGUGCUUAAGACCCCUUAGUUUCUGGCCUUUUUUACUUGACAGGGUCUCAUUGUGUAGCCUGGCUGGCCUCAAUCUUGAGAUCCUACCUUAGCCUUCUGGGACCCGUCACUGAUUGUCUUCUUGGUUUUCUUGAUUUAUACAGUUACAUUACUUAAUUUGUACAGUGUGGUGACACUGAAAGUUGUACUAAACAUCUUGCUAUCUAGUAGAAAUGUCCUUAUACCACUUAAAAUAACCAACAGAUUUAAUAAGUGUUUGUUAUGUAAAAUAAAAAUGAUAGUGGAAUACUGACAUUUCAGAUCUGUUGUGUUACUUUAAAUUAGAGGCAGAUUGUUGGACAGAGGAGAAAGGAAGAGAAACUGAUUUCAGCAAGGGAAUAAAGGCAAAGGCAGUUCAAGAAAGCCUGGCUUUCCCACAGCAAAAGCCACGCCGGCUUCCACUCUGGUUCACAUUACUGUGUUCUACACUCAUCCCACCUGGCCACAACUGAGGAAGCCGAGGCUCAGAAAAGGGGAAUGACCCCAGGAGCUCCGAGCACUGCAAAGAGGGUGCUCCUAACACAGACUCACAGGAGACCAAGACAGGGUCACUGGGGCAAAGCCUGAAUGAGGCAUGUCCCGUGAAGACAGAUAAGCCUCCUCAUCUACUCCUUUAUCUUCCUCUCAGUAAUAUCCGUCCACCCAAGUCCACACCCAGCAUCCUAGGCAGUCGCACCUCCUUUUCCUACUUGCAUGGACUCCCACAAGUAGAGUGGCUGGCCUUCCAGCCCAGCUUCCCAGCACUCUUGAAGGGAACCUCCAUCCUCAGCAAGCAUUGCCUGUUGGGUAUUUUUGCUUAAUUAUUAUACCUAUUUAAUGCUACUUAGAACGUUGUCAGCUGUUGAGAAAAGGUAAUUAUCACGAGUCAAAUGAGAAACACUUUUUUGGCUGCCUUCCGGAUACACGUUUCACUAGUACCUUGAUGCAUACUGAAGCCUGAUAGCAGAACUUUGCUAGUCUCCUCUUCAAGCCACAGCUGUUUCCCUGCUAAAUUCAUCCCAUCUGUCUCCCCUUCCGUGGAGCUCUAGGCAGCAUAGCGUAAGUACAGAAGCAGUUCAGUGCUAUUUUGGAUAAACAUAGCUGAAAUUUGAAUCUUUGCCAUUUGCGAUGCACACAUUUUGUUUUACUGCUGUAAAGAGAGCUGUCAAAAUACAACUACAUGGAUAAUUUACUAAAAUACAGUCAGAUAUAAGGUUGAUCAAAAGGAAAGUACACCAGGUCAGUCUGACCUCCCAGGGGCCUGUGAGUCUUGUCUCUGACCUCAAGGUGUGGCUGGGCCCAGCAGCCCCCAGCGUCUUUGUUUGAAUUCCGCAGCAUGGCUCUCAGGACUCACUUCCUGUACCUGUCUGUGACAUGAUUGGCAGAUUUUAAGAAGCUCUGUGAGCCAACUUUCUUAUUGCCAUGAUCAUUUGCAUCAGUAGGAAACCCUUCCCUUCUUGCUCUGCCUAGCAGCUCUGAGCUGUGUCACUGUUCGGCUGUUGGAAUGCAUGGUAUAGAAGCGCUUAGUACAGGGAGACAGUAGAGUUGCUGUUCGCUCACACGUCCCUUAUUUCCGGGUUACCAAUGCCUCUGAACAUAGCUGUGCAGGUUUCAGCCAACAUCACAGAGUGCUUUGCAGGCAAUGGGCGUGGCUUUUUAUGCAACUUCCUUUUCUGAGUUCUAAGCCCCCUCCCCGCCACACGUUUUGUUUUUUCUUUUCCAGAUGGCAGAAGUCUUGGCCCUAAGUAUCUGUGACCUCUUUGAGGAGCAGGGCCAGUCUCUAAUACAAGCAGGGCUUCUUGGAGAGGAGGGCGUACCCCAUGAGCUAAUUCCAUGGCAGAGUUUUAGCUUUACCUUGUCUCUGUCGCUUGCAGCCCUGCUUCGUGAUCUAGUAGAAGCUGCUCAGAAAACCUUUGCUGGCCAGUGAAGGAGUGAAAGUAGGGUGCAUUGAUGUAAGCCCUCCUCCUCUGUCUUCAAGCUCUUAUCUUGGGUCACUGCAGAAACAUGAGCUUCUGUGCUAUUCUGUACUGUAGCGACAUGAGCCUCUGUGCUAUCCUGUACUGUAGCGACAUGAGCCUCUGUGCUAUUCUGUACUGUAGUGUUAGCAGCAUCAUAAUUUUGCUGGGUUCCCAGCUGCUGCCAAGGAAAUGGUUUUCCUGGAAAGUUCCUGAGGCCCUCUGCACCCAGACAUUGUUCUCUUUCAUCCAAUUUUCUUUUCCUAGUGGUCUUUUUUUUGGGGGGGGCGGGGGGCACAUUCUUUGGAAGGCAAAAGUAAUGUGAUAGCCACCAAUGCAGACAACUCUAGUUUUACUGAUCAUACAGAUGAUAAUGGUUCUUGGGAAGCCUCUGUGCUAAAGAAGUAAACAGGUCUGUGACUCUGGACCAUGGUGUCUUGUGGUCCAGAGCAAGCAGGAGCUUUAGAAGCAUAGUCAAUGCCACUAUGCUGCUGUCAUCAAAUGUCACUUUCACUUAGUACUCACGUGUCCCCAGCACUUGUUGAGUACCAAAAGGACCAGCACAGUGAUGUCUCCAAGGUGUGAGGUUAAAGGAGGUCAUGGGUUAGUGUGAAAAGAGGCGGGCAUGGUCCACUGCACAGAGAGCCAGGCUGCAGAACACAGAAGGAACAGCUAAGAUAGGAAACAGGAAAAGGCUGCCAAGUCCUUCCUGGGGCUGUGCAGAAUGUGUGUAGGGCAGGGUAGAGCACUUCCACUCAGCAUUUUCUUUCACAAACAACCUUAGACUGAAGAUCCAAGGCUGUUUCCUGUCUUGGAAGCAGCACCUGCCUUGCGGCCAGCUUCCCAUGUGUGUCCGGCACCGUGGUCAUCUGUGCUUUGUUCUGCCCUCUCAGCUUGGCACAUCUCUUGGCUGUCUGACCUCUGAAACAUGCAGGCUCUCACCCUGUCUUCACGGCACAAGCCAAUCAUGGUGUGAAUCCACAGGCAGAUUUUUUUCAUCGUGAAGCCGGACAAAUCUUUGGCAGUGUGACUCACUGAAGUCACUGACCAUCUCUGAUCUUAGGGAUCUUUCCGUCAAGUAGGCACAUACCCACAUGCUCUCCGUCAGUCAGGUCUCUUAGGAAGACUGGCCAGGUAGACGAAGAGUGUGCGUUUCUAUGGGUGCCAAAGGUAACUGGAGUGAAUGAAGGAAAUAACUUAUUGAGAGCCUUCAAUGGGAAGAUGGGUGGGCGCUGUAGAUCCUGCUAACUCGAAGGUCUAAAUGUGGUUGAACAAAAGGACACUUGUGAAGUGGAACAAAACUGGCUCCCAGUAGCUGACAGGACCCUGAUUAACCUUUAAUCUUCAGUGCUAAUGAUUUCUACAAAUUGAAAUUUAAUGCAUGUGGUAGCAUUGGCAAAACUUCUGAACCUUUUUCGUACUAUUGGUAACUUAGCUAUCUUUUGUGCUAAUUGUUCUUGGGCAGUUACGCCCUUGUUUCCACCCCCUAGGACAGGCCAGUGCUACUCUGUGGACACUACCCUUUGCAUCUGCCUCUGCGGAUAGUCACAGAAGGUCACAGCUUGGCAAUUCCAUUUAGGCAAGCAAAUGUUUAUAAUGUUUAAUGAACUCAUCGAGCAGAAGCUUAAUUUGAAAGAGACAGAGACCGUUAAAAACUGUCUGUCUGAGAUUACACUGAAUAUUCUGUUGUACAUUCAAGGCUGUAUGACUUAGUUAACUGGAAUACCACGGAGUUACUAAAAACAAAACACAUUAUUAGACAUAUUUAUACACACGGAACUGUUUUAAACCGGUAAUGUUGGAAUAAAGACAAAAUAAUACUGUGUAUUUACAUAACACCAUAACACCUUUCAUUAGAAACAAUCUCAAGCCUUCACUAAGUGAGGGAGCUGUGUGGCGCCCUGCGAGGCUUGUGGGAUGGAGGGUAGGACGGGAGAGAGCACACUGGUGGCAGGACCUGGCAGGCACGCUGGCCCAGACCUGUGGCUCCUUCAGCUUUGCUCAUGGCCAUGCAGGUUCAGGUCGCUGCACAGUGGGAAGAACGCAGAAAGAGCGCGUGGAGGACAUGGGGCUGUGGACUCGUGUGCGUUUCUGGCAUGCAUUUGUUGAUUUUUGAACAUGAACUCGGUACAUUUACUCUGCGUUGAAUGGGAUGAACAAGCAUGGUCUGCACUGGACUGAACAUGGCCAUUGAACCCGCAGAGUAACUCUGUCUAGGCCCAGAGCCUGGUUCCUUCUAUCUACAUUUCUUAAGCCAGAAUGGAUUGAAGUAUGACAGCCAGUCUUUGGGAACACAGGAAAUGGGCAGUUUUUCCAUUUCCGGUCACUGGCAAAGGCAGGAGUGGAGCCUCCGCCCUUCUAGGGCCCAGCACAGAGGCUGCCCUGCACCUCCUGUGACUGGCCUGUGCUAGCAGCAAGUACAGAGAAUGCUGGGAGCCUCCUUCCAUCAAGGCCUGCCUCCAGCUUAGCACCCUGGAGUGCCCAGAGUAGUGGGCAAACACAGGGGUGAGCCGAGCAGAGAAAAUGAUGAAUUUUGCAUUUAGAAUUUGAAGGUAUUUUGGAUACCAUUCUAUUGGCUUCCCAAAACUCCUGUCCUGGAAUUCACACUGACUUGGUUGUCCUAGCCACAGAUCCUGAGCCUCUGAGGAAACAAAGGCAUUUUCAGUCCCAGAGUCUUGCUCACAAAGAAGUCUCAGUUUUGGCUUAACCUUUCCAAUUUUCAGAUAAUUUAGGUGUCACAGAUAUCCAGAGUAGGAUAGUUUUCAGACACUAUAAUUUGAAUGUCUCUGAAAUGUAAUAAAUAGAGCUUCAUCUGGGUUUUAGAAAUAAUGUUUUCUUUCCAAACAGCUGUUUGUUUGCAUUAACAAUGUGUGCCGUCUCUAGAAGACAGGCAUCAUCUCUCUUUGUAUAAAGUGCAGCUCUCGUUCCCAUCCUUUGAGUUUCGUUCAUUGCUGCCGUGGUAUUGUAUCAUAGUCCUUGUUCCAUGUUCACACACCCAGCCUGACCCAAGGGUCUGCAGAGGAAAGGGCUAUUCUUGUUUGUCCCUUCCCGGUGUGGUGACUGUUGCCUUCUCUUUUCCCCGGGGUUGGCUCUUUUACUGCCAUUCCAGUCCAUUUGUGACCAUUUGUGGGAGGUGUGUACAUCCUGAAUACAGCAGGAGUGAGUGUUUCCCUGUCUCUCAUUGGCAGAGCAAAGGAUCCUAGCUCCGUUCAGUGGUCCAGUUAGUACUGACAGAUGGCAGCCAGUGAGGAGUGAGGGAGCGGAACAUAACUGACAUUUGGCUGGCACAUAUCACUAUUUAAUGUCUAUUGUUUCCUGUCUACCUUGUGAGAUAGAUAGGGUCUUUGUUACUUUGAGGAAAUUAGGUACAGAGAGGCCGUUGCAGGCUACAAGUCCCUUGGCUCUGAACUGGCCACACACAGCUUGCUGUGUAAUGCUUCUGAGACGCCUAAGGAAGGAGCACGUGGUCUAAGCCAGGCACGGUGGGGCACAGCUUUAGUGCGCACCAGCACUGAGGAUUCAGGGGUAGGUGGAUCUCUGUAAGUUCUGGGCCACCCCAGUUUAAUUUGUGAGUUCCAGCUAGCCAAGACUACAUAGUAAUACACACACACACACACACACACACACACACACACACACACGUACGUCAUCUCUUUGAUUCAAACCAAGGCUCUACCACUCUGCCACUUGUGUGCUGUCACGUAGAGCAGAUGCUCACUGUGGUCUACGUUCAUCUGUAUGACUGAGCACGGCACAGCAGUGCUCAGAUCAGUGCCUGGCUUGUGGGAAGUGCUCUGUGAGUCAGGAUGCAGGGUGCUGUAGGAAAGCAAGCCUCCAGGUCCCAUCCCAAGUGGGCAGGCUAGGGAAGACAAGCACUAACAAGUCUGAUGGGGAGGAAGUUCAUCCUGGCCACAGCUGCUAGCAACAUUGGAAAUAAACUUUGGAUCUCCUAGGACAAGCCAGGACUCUGCAGCAUAUGGAAUUAGUUGAGGAUGAAUCAUUUUAAAUGUCAGCCUCUGAGAACAGAGUGAUACCCUCUACUGGACGGGUACUGUGUAGACGUCUACCUGGAGAGAUGAGGGUACUCCUUCAUAAAGAUGCCUGCAAUAAUAUUCCAGGGAUAUCACCAAUGGGAUACCUUGUACUUAGUACUAAGCCCCUCCGAGUCUCCAGGGCACAGGCCUUCCUGGACUAGACACCAGGGCUCUGGCAACAGACCCGAGUUAGUUAUCUUGGAGCCUGGAACUGCCUACAUUUGUUUCAGCUCCUAUUUGACUUUUAACUGGAUUAAUGUCUGCCUGCCGUUUAAUCAGAGCCCUGGACAAUGGGGUUCUAGAGGGGACCACUCCAGAGCAAGAGAGGCUUGGCUGAUAGACAUAGAAGACACAGGAAGACUGAGAGCACACAGCGAAGACAGCUUCCUGCCUCUUUCCACCAGAAACAGGAGCUGAGCUUGGAAGGGAAGUGAGUGGCUUUAUUUGGAGAGUGCUGUCUGCUGAGGUGCGCGUGUGCACCAGGCUCUGUUCUCGCUGCUUCAGACUUCAUGUUAGCAUCUGGUCAUCAACCUCCCAACAUUCCAGAACGCCUUGCAAAUAAUUUCACUUUGGAAACAUUCUAUCGAGAGCUAAUUUUUAGCAAAAGUCUAUUCUCACAGAAAGAAACCUUGGACAGCUACAGCGAUGUUAUACAAGGUUCCAGAGAUGUAAUGACAGCUUUGCUGGUGUGCACUUGAGUGUGGGGUGUGGUCAAAUGCAGACGCCAUGUCCUUCUCGCUUGUAAAGAAUGCAGCCUUACUCUUUAACUGUUCUGUGGCCAGCAGCCCACAUACAGGCUAAAUGCAGGUAUUACACAUGGAAUGUUUGCCCUAGAAUGCUCUAGAAUGAGGUGGCGCACAUGGACGUUUUGGUAACACCGUAAUUUUUUAUAUUCUAGGAGAUUUCCUAUCAGAUGCUUUAGGUAUCAUCAGACGCCGAGGCAGCAAAUAUAUAGAACCAGAGCCAGGAUUUUUCACAGAAGUUUGCCUUUUAAUCCUGUCUUCACGUUGUUAUUUUCAUUAUUAGCAUUUUGGGCUUAAGAGAGAGACCUAGUGUUAUGGUCAGGCCUGGACGCUGGCUAAUUUAUUUAUGAAAUAAGACAGUGUUUCUAAGUCUCUGUAAAGUGAGCAUCGUGGUGGCGUUAAUCUCAAGAUCAACUGGGUGGCAAAACACUUGGCAUAGGGGAGGGUUCAGUAUACACCUGAGCACCCUGGCACACAACUGGAGGCCUUGUUACUUGAGAGACUGAAGCAGGAGGAUUGCUUGAACCGGGAACUCGGUUCCAGCCUGAGCAACAUAGUCAGACUGCAGGCACUGGAGUCUUAACACUGCCUGUCUUUGUUGCUGAGUUGGAGUUGCUCCAUUCAUUAGAUGGAAGAGAGGCUCCCACCUAGCAGAGCAGUUUUCCGCUGAAUGAGCUAAUGCAGACAGAGAGAACUUUGUCUAUGCUUGGCAGCAGCCAUUAAAAUAACAACUGCGGUACCUGUAAAGUCAAACUUACGGGGUCCACAGUGGGGCAGGCUGCACUCGCUGGACUGUCCAGUUCUCCUGACCGUCCUGUGGGACAGGCAGUGUUACUUUAGUUGUAAACCAAGGACAGUCUCCAAGGAUUUGCUCAGGUCAUGCUCAGAUUUCAGUCGAGGUCUGUUUUUUUUUUUUUUACCUGCAAAUUUGUCAUUCUGUAUACCCGCGUCUUCCUGAAACUCUUCCAAAAGAGUGUUAGUAAGUCAGUUGUAUUCAUCAUCGUGGGAGGAAGGAUUUACUUCUUAUUAUCUAGUUUGGGCUGGUAUAUUUUCUUUUGAGUAGUAUCGCAUCUACUGCCUGGAUUUUGUUAAGACAUAUAAUUUUGAUGUAAUGUGCUAUAUUCCUUCAUAUCAACUUAUUAAAAACCACUGAUCUUUAUAACACCCAGCCCUAGGCCACAAAGGCAAUUCUAAAGACAGAACACAUUUGCAACCCUAACCUCAAGGUGGCUUGGCCGGCUGUGUGCACGGAUGCUGUGACUGUGUGUGCACGGAUGCUGAGGCUGUGUGCACGGAUGCUGUGACUGUGUGUGCACAGAUGCUGAGGCUGUGUGUGCACGGAUGCUGAGGCUGUGUGCACGGAUGCUGUGGCUGUGUGCACGGAUGCUGUGGCUGUGUGUGUGCACGGAUGCUGAGGCUGUGUGCACGGAUGCUGUGGCUGUGUGCACGGAUGCUGUGACUGUGUGUGUGCAUGGAUGCUGUGGCUAUGUGUGCACAGAGGCUGUGGCUGUGUGCACGGAUGCUGUGGCUGUGUGUGCACGGAUGCUGUGGCUGUGUGUGCACGGAUGCUGAGGCUGUGUGUGCACGGAUGCUGAGGCUGUGUGUGCACGGAUGCUGAGGCUGUGUGUGCACGGAUGCUGAGGCUGUGUGCACGGAUGCUGUGACUGUGUGUGCACGGAUGCUGAGGCUGUGUGUGCACGGAUGCUGAGGCUGUGUGCACGGAUGCUGUGGCUGUGUGUGUGCACGGAUGCUGAGGCUGUGUGUGCACGGAUGCUGAGGCUGUGUGCACGGAUGCUGUGGCUGUGUGUGUGCACGGAUGCUGUGGCUGUGUGUGUGCACGGAUGCUGUGGCUGUGUGCAUGGAUGCUGUGACUGUGUGUGUGCAUGGAUGCUGUGGCUAUGUGUGCACAGAGGCUGUGGCUGUGUGCACGGAUGCUGUGGCUGUGUGUGCACGGAUGCUGUGGCUGUGUGUGCACAGAGGCUGUGGCUGUGUGUGCACGGAUGCUGUGGCUGCGUGUGCACAGAGGCUGUGGCUGCGUGUGCACAGAGGCUGUGGCUGUGUGUGCACGGAUGCUGUGGCUGUGUAUGUGCACGGAUGCUGUGGCUGUGUAUGUGCACGGAUGCUGUGGCUGUGUGUGCAUGGAUGCUGAGGCUGUGUGUGCACGGAUGCUGAGGCUGUGUGUGCACGGAUGCUGAGGCUGUGUGUGCACGGAUGCUGAGGCUGUGUGCACGGAUGCUGUGACUGUGUGUGCACGGAUGCUGAGGCUGUGUGUGCACGGAUGCUGAGGCUGUGUGCACGGAUGCUGUGGCUGUGUGUGUGCACGGAUGCUGAGGCUGUGUGCACGGAUGCUGUGGCUGUGUGUGUGCACGGAUGCUGUGGCUGUGUGCAUGGAUGCUGUGACUGUGUGUGUGCACGGAUGCUGUGGCUAUGUGUGCACAGAGGCUGUGGCUGUGUGCACGGAUGCUGUGGCUGUGUGCACGGAUGCUAUGGCUGUGUGUGCACGGAUGCUGUGGCUGUGUGUGCACAGAGGCUGUGGCUGUGUGUGCACGGAUGCUGUGACUGUGUGCACGGAUGCUGUGGCUGUGUAUGUGCACGGAUGCUGUGGCUGUGUAUGUGCACGGAUGCUGUGGCUGUGUAUGUGCACGGAUGCUGUGGCUGUGUAUGUGCACGGAUGCUGUGGCUGUGUGUGCAUGGAUGCUGUGGCUGGCUUCCUGUCACAGAGCUCUGUGCUUCUCGGGCCAUUCCUUAUGUUUUACAUUUCAGGUACAUGAGCUUUUUAUCCAUGUUGCAGAUUGUAAGUAAUGAAUUUACAGUUCGAUACCCCGUCUGCAUACUGAUGAUAGCCAGUUGGCUUUAUUGCUCACAGUAUGGACCCUAUGAACAAGGUCGUAAGCAUAAGCAGACCUAGAUCCCUAAUGAGACCUACAUUGGGUGUUGGAAUUUGGAAACUUCCUACCUAUAGAAGUUUGCUAAAGGCUUUUCCUUGAUGUUGUUUCCUUCCCUCCUUCCAAACAUAAGUCUCCUCCUCUGUCAAACUGAAAUGAGAAUCUGUCUGUCAUGGUCUCUGGACAAGGAAAGUCAUGCUUCAGACAGCAUGUGCAGCAUCCAAGGCGUGUCUCUCCCCUCCCCUGCUCUCCGUCUUUGGCCGCAGCAGGAUAGUCACUUCCUUUCUGACUUUACCACAUUCCCACAGACAUGAAGAAUGGCGUGUGGUUAACCAACACAAGGUGCAAACCAAAUUACGAGGAGGUCAGACAUUUAGUUUGCUCCUCAUGUGGCAGUGGGGGCAGCCCCAUGUGCUGAGUGUCACUGUACCCCUCACCCGCACUUCUCAGGACUCUGUUCAUUAUGGCCUUUGUCCCCAAGGAUCUAUCUGUCUUAUGUAUCUGUGCAGAAGAACUCUGUCGGUUUCACUGAUGUCUUUUUGACCAUGGGCCUGAUAGACUAUUUUCUACCCUCUCCCCCACCCUCAAACUGUUCAGAGUUAGAGAGAGCCAGGUUUCAGUCAUCAGACAGUUGAAUAGACUGUCUCACUGGGGGCCAGAUUCCAAGGAGACAGCCCAUGGACUCACAGGCCAGGAGAGCCAGGAUUUCAACAGUGUCAACAGUCUCUGCUCAUCACACCAAAAAAGCCCCUUGUGGAGCUGCCUCAUUAGCAUACAGCCGCUAUGCUAGCUAACAAAGCCAGCUCAGGAUCUGUUCCUCCCUCAGUGAGUCUGUCUUCCUUGACCAAAAAGAAACUACUCAAGCAAGGGUGGAGGCUCUCUGGUAGAAGACUGCAUUGCAAGAAUCACAGGAGACCAUUCAGAACCGGCUUUAAAAUAAUCAAAUUUGGGGGAAACAAGAUUCUAUGUUUUAUUUUUCAAAUCUUGUUUUUAGAUCAUCAGUAGACCAAAAAGAAGAAAAAAGAAAAGAAAAUCACCAUGCCCCAAUGUUAAAAAUGGUGGACCCCCAAAUAGUUCCUAGUCAUCCCUUAAAAGCUUUGCUGUGCUACAGUGUGUGAGAGGAGCUCCAGCCGGGCAGGGGCACGGGAGCCCUCCUCAUGGGCUGCCUCCCUAGCCCUCCUUUGUUGGGGGUGGAGCAAGGGAAGGAGCAAGGCAGAGCAGAUGUGCUGCUAGAUCUGCAGGCUUCUGCCAACCAUAUGGCAUCUUAAAGAAAGAUGGCUGCAGCGUCUGGAUUAGCAAAGAGUCGGAAUGGGAAGCCAUGUGUCGCGUUGGUACAGGCAGUUGUUUGAGCUCUCUCUAAAUGGCUUCAGGAGAUUGUGUAAUGGAACAAACAGUCCUGGGAGCAGGGGAGCAGCCCUGCCGCUGCUGGAGAGGCGAUUGGCCCUGGGGCGGCGGCUGCUUCCCUCCCUGCAGCAUUAUGUAUGCUUUUAAUGUUCUUGGAACUCUGAGAAUUGACUAGAACUUUUCAACUGUUAAUUACAUGCCUAGGUUCUCCUGGGCUCUAGGCCCCUGUGAACUCUCCUCUCUGCCCCCAAUUUGGUAAUUAAUUAGCCAUGUUGCAGGCCUGCUCUUGUGUGCUGUCCCUCUGUCCUCCACAGGGCUCCAGGCUCAGUCCUACAGUUCUCAGGGCCGGGACAAAUGCCUUCUGCAGGAAGCCUGUCUAACUCCCAAGGGCCGGUGUUUCCAUCCUGACUCCAGGAGAUGCUGUGAAGGUCGCCAGGAGCCCGUGAGAGCAGAGCCUGCCACUAAUGGAGAUCUCCCUGUCUCUACCAGUGACGUCACUGGGCUGUUGGGCCACACCUGACAUCCACUGGCUCACCCAGGAGCUCAGAUGCUGUUUUACAGUUCAGAAUGAGCAUAAGCUGAGCAGUGAGGCCUGGGGCGCAGGCAGCACAUGGUCAUUGCAAGGCAAGCAUUGUGCUCUGUUGCUGAGUGGGGAACUUUGUACAAGCAGCAAAAUCUAGAGUGGCCAGAAAAGUUAGGUCUACUCCCUCUAGGGUACAUAACUAACUCUGAGGCUCAGAUGUGUCAAAAGUUGGCUUAGAAGGUCAAAUGGCUAAGGACAGCCAAGGAAGCAGUGGGUUGACCUGAGAGAAUCAUUAAGCAAAAUUUCAUUAAACUUUGAGAGCUGAGAGUGACUGGUCAGUUCCUGGUCUUUCUGAGCCCUGUGGGAACAGAGCAUACUGAAUAUUGAUGCCUCGCCUGUCUUGUCUGACCCCAGCUGUACAGCCCCUCCCCCAAAUAGAAGCAAGGAAAGGAAGCAGCUUGUAGGUUAAAACUGACUGACCAUGUGGUUCAGUAAAUAAAGCCACUCGCUGUGCAAGCCUGGUGGUCUAGACGAGUUCGAUACCCAGAACCCCCAUAAAGGUAGAAGGAGAGAAACAACUCCACAGACUUGUUUUCUAAAUCUCCACAUGUACCACGCAUGCAUGCAGACACACAGGUGCACACACAUACCAUACUCAUAUAUAUUCAUGCACACCACAAUAAUAAAAACAUGAAAAAUCAGAGCUGUGUAAAGUAUGUGUCUACCACAGCGUCUCUUAGGACGUGAGCUGUGACAGCGCAUUCUUCUUUGUCCAUUGUACAACACACAACCUCCUGCAGAGAGAAGCAUGGGAGCCAGGGCCUCUGUAACUGGGUUGGAGCAGGAGAGAGCCGGGUUAGGGGUGGGGAUCAUCUGCAAACUGGCGUUGUUUCUGGCUUUGUUCUUGUUAAAUGGGGUCAUCUGGAAAUCCUGUGGUGAUUCUUAACUAACUAUUGGUAUUUUGCGAUAUACUGUGCUCUUACACAUUUGAAACACGCCUGCUUCUCUUUUCUCCAGAGCCCAUUUCUUGCUAACAUGUUAAACGUUAGGAUAUUCUUGCUCUGUCUGGUGAAUUUGGGAUUCGUUGGGGGCCGGUAUCUGUGAAAAGCCUAAUUCUGAUUGUUAUUCACCAAUUAGAAGAAACUGUCACUCUGAUCCCUUUUUCUUUCCAAGUGUACACAGCCUGGAAUUUGUCAGCCUUGAAGUUUCUUGAAACAAUGCAAUUAAACUGUAACAUAUUCCCUAACAUUCUUAAUUAAGACAGUGACUGGAAAAUGUAGAUUAACAGAAGUUACUGUUUUUAUCAACAUAUUUUCUGUCUUUCCCACCACCCUCCCAUCCCUCUCCCCCCAAGGCUUUUUCCUCUCCAUGUCUGAUGUCAGUUUCGGCCACAUGCACAUUAUGCACAUGGAACUGAAGAAACAAAGUCCAAAAUUCUCUUGUAAUUCUGAGCCGCAUGCCCAGCACCACAUGCACUGUCUGUUACAUGUCGCUUCUCAGGAGAUCAUGCUGGGAGUUUCUUUUUAAAAGCAAAACGUUUCUGAAGGAAAGAGUUCAGGUUGGGCAGAUUGUGUUAGAGAGAUCUCACUGUCUGUGAGUGGAAUUAAUACACUGAUUAUUCCGUGCAGGCUCAGACUGGCACUGUGUGCGAAGUUCAAGGGUGUCUGGGAAUUGAAAUCUGAGGGGAGUUUGGGAGAGUGGGCAGAGACAAAGCAUUUGGAGGGGAAUUUCUAAGUAGGGCUUAGAAAUGAAACUCGUGGUAACUUUGUAAAGAGGGGCAAAAAUCAAGACCGAAAGCCUUGGCAUAAAACACCACCACUGGAAAUAUUUUCAGGACUCACAGUACUGUUUUCCAGGGCACAUUGGAGGGUUGGUCUAAAACCCACACGGGGGGGGGGGGUCAUCCAGCACCUCUUGAUUUUCACCUCUUUGAGUGAGUUCUUAAGUCUUGCCAGUUUCAAUUAAGUCACAUGAGAAGCUUAAUUACUACAUAGAAAUUAAAACGGGCUGUAAUAUUUCUUUGGCCUCUCUAUUAGCCAAGAUUUUUUUCUCUUUAAUUAAAAUUUGGGUUGUCCAUGAUCAUCAACAAACAAUGAUUCAUUUAUUUGUUUACAAAUAAGGAAUUAAAAUUAAGAACAGCAAAUACAAAUUCACAGCACCUCUAGCAUUGCGGGGGGGGGGGGGGAGGAAUCAACCUGUUUUUCUCAUUGCUUCUCAGGAGAAUGAAACUGGGCCGUGAGCAUGGAGUUAAUGAAGCUUUCACCCAUCUCCCUCAACUGCCAGCUCGCUUUAAUCCCCUCCUUCUGCCAAAGUCCAGAGGCCCGGGGAGCCCCUGUGGAGCCUCCCUAGCCAGAUGCUAGGCACCCAGCCGGGCCCCUGAAGGCUGGCGCCCACUCCUGCCAGGUGCCGGCCCUCUCAUGGUGGGCAGGGGGUGCUGGCCAAGCCGCUGGUAUCCAGAGGCGGAGCAGGCGGGCGCGCCCCAGUGGCCUAUGCAGAGCCCUGCGGCUGGCUGCACCUGCAGGAGGACAAUUGCCCAGCACGGGGUGGCCAGCCGCAUUGGAAGCGGUCGCGGUCAUCUGGGCGGGGUGCGGCCUGGGUUCAGAGCAGGCGGCGGGCUGCGGGGUCUAAGUGUACAGCUGCUCCUCUUCUCUGAAAACUAAGGCAGAAGCAGUUUGUUGGCAGCAUCCAGAAGGGAGGAAACACAAUCUACCUUUGGUUUGGCUGAAAAUUACCUCCAAGGAUGAGUUCCUGUAUUCUCCGGGGUCGGAGUUUGCCUAGUCCCUGACCAUUGCCUCUUAAAAUGGUGCAGGCAGCCAGUGAGGAGAGUGACCGGCAGGGUGAGAAGGCCUCACACACUACCUGUACAGUGUGUUGCUCCCCUGUCCUAAUCUGCUGUUAGGACAUUUGUCUCUCUGCCCACACCACCCAAGGAAAUAGCAGGUACAGGGAUAUGCUUGGUGGUUAACACAGCCCACACAACCCAGAAUGUUUGUUUGAAAGUGCAGUCCAUCAUUCAGUGCAGGGGAGCCUUACAAAAUUAGGGGGCAAAGCCCCUAGGCCCCUCUGAGACCAUCCUGGGUCACACUUAAUGUACUGAAGGGGUGCAUGGCCAACUCUUAUAGUUGCUUCAGGCUGGAGCGCUUGGAGAUGACCCUAGAUGAGUCCCUCGGGACAUCGGUUAACUUGUACUUUCUUUAAAAAAAUGAGUAAGGUUUGUUGGGAGUCUUGGCUGGCUGUCUUGCCACUCCUUAAACUAAGACCAUUUUGUGGGCCAAGUGUUAAGCUCACCCCUCACCCCCACCCACAGUGGCAUGUAACCGGGCCUGCUCUGUCGGUCUCCAAGCCUGAGCCGCUAGAAACCAAAGGAGCCCUCCAGCCGGUCUAAUCACUUUGAUCUGUCAUGGACCCUCUAGCUGGAAGAGUUACACCAUCACAUUAUCCCAACACUCAUCCCCGUGUGGAGGACCCCCUUUUACUAAAUGAUUUAUUACUCUUAGCAGAAUUCCUCUGGCUGAAGAUUUUAUUUCUGAGUCGCUCUGUUCGGCUCAAUUGGUCUCCUUCAGUUACCGUGGCAACCAGCAGAUGGGGUUCUUUGACAAGGGUCAGCAGGGAGGCUGCCUCAGUGCAGAGGGAAGAGAAACUAAAUAAAAAGCUUUCAGCACCAACAGUUCUCUAGCCCACAGCCAGGAGUUGUUAUCAGAUUACUAGCAUUAAAACCUAAUUAAGAUGUGUGCCAAUCGAUACACCGUAGUGACUGAAUCUGGUUACUCAGCUGCCCUGCCGUGGGCGCACUCUUCCUUCAUCACACCUCUGUGACCAAUCUGGCCACCCCAAGGAUGGUCCAGUAGGCGGGACAUGGCAGAGGCCAUCUCUUGACACCCUCCACGAGGGCGGAGGUCUCUAGAGCAGCAGGACCUUAUUAGAAGAGAAUCUCCACCAAACAGGGCACUGUGCCUCCAAGUCCCGAGGCAGCAGUUGAACAGAGCCCACACAUGAUCGUUGUGUAUCUUCCUUUAACACUAUUGUUGGCUUAACUUCGGAGAGCGUUCACCAAAGUGAAACUGAGAGUCAAGUGCUCCAGAUUGGAAAGGGCAGCCUGACAGUGCAAAGGUUCUCUUCUGCAGCGGGCAAAGGUGGUAGCCUUAGGUCAGCUAAGAAACUGCCGGUUAGGUAGACUUGUUAUCUGUAGCAAUAAGAAAGCAAUGUAGUUGGCAGUAAGCAGUUCUGUAAGGACUCACUUUUCUUUAGGAAACACUGCGGCAUCCAAGAGGAAAGGACAGGGGGGUGUGCACCUCUCUUCGUGGUCAAAACGUCCCUGGAUGGAGAGGUCAGGAGAGGUGACAUGGGGUGCUGAGGAAGGAGGCUCAUUGAGUACAGUUCAGUACCAGCCUAGGCUACACAGCCAGUGUUCUAAAGAACAGAAGGUUAAAGAGAGAACAAGAGAAAGGGGCCUGAAGAGAUGGUUCAACAGACCAGAGUACUGGCUGCUUUCCCAAAGGAUCCUGGUUCGAGUCCCAGCAUUCACAAGGCUGCUCACAACUUCCUGUCUGUAACUCCAGUUCAAGGGAUUAACUCCCUCUCCUGGCCUCUGUUGGAACCACACCAUAUCCACCAGCAAAAACACCCAUGAGGAAACUAAAGUAAGGCGAUGGCCAUUUGCUUGUUUUGCUUUGUUUUUCAAGACAAGGCUUCUCUGUAUAGCCCUGGUUGUACUGGAACUCUAGACCAGGCUGGUCUUGAAUUCAGAGAUCCGUCUGCCUCUGCAUCCCAAAUGCUGGGAUGAAAUGUACAUGGCACCACCGCCUGGCCGUAAAAUAACUUUUUAAGGUGAAAGAACAGCUGUGGAGAGGCGAGAGCGAGAGGAAAGGACCAGGCAGAGCAAAUCGUCCCCGCAGAACUUGGGUAGAGAGGUGUGGAUUUUCUGGGUGGCGUUCUUGCAACUCCUUAGAAGCUGUGUGCCACAGGGUGCAGACACUGACAGGUGAUAUGAGGGAGGAGGAUUUUUUUCCCCCGCUUCAGCUCCAGAUGGCCCUGAGCCCUGGGCUCAGCUCUGCAGGCUGCUUUUUCAGCCACACUCCUUCCCCUGCCCUGUUGUCUUCAAGAGGUGGAACCAUGCUUAACGGGGCCUACUUUUGGAAAAACUAGUUGGGAUAACUCAGGCUUUAAGCAAGUGUCUUUCUGUGUUCUUUAAGGUUCCAAAGAAAACAAUUUUGCUUUUUGGGACCCUGAAAUGGAACCCAGGUCCUUGGUUAUGCCACACAGGUACUUUGCUACCCACCUGUAUCCCUAAUGGAGAAUCUGAAAUGCUUGGCCUGCUCCUUCUUGUCUUUAUUCUGUGUUCUGGAAUCCUCCAUCCAUGGCCAGUUCCCCAAAGGUACUGAGGCUCAGCCUGGCAGGUAGCCCUGUCCCUCUAAGACGGUGCCAGGGGAAGGAUUUGAGCCUGUCCCUGGAUGCUCUAAGGUAGAAGCACUAGGAAGGAACUCCAUGGUGGAGCUCCAUGGCACUCUCAGAGGUAGGGGGCUUAGCUAAAGCAGCAGGAGACACUCAUCCUGAACUCCUGCCCUGGUGAUGUGCUGCUCAGCAGGUGACAGAGGAAGGCUCAGUGAAGCCACUUCAGUAAAGCAUGGCAUGGUGAGGGCACUGAGCAUUCCCUCCGCUCCCACCCCAAGGCCAGCACUCUUCUUUGGUCCCAGUGAUUGCUCCUGGGUCUGGCCUGAGAUGAUUUGCUACUGGUCUGCCACAAGGCAAGAACUGACAUGGGGUAACCAGAAAACCACAGAAAUUUAAAAAUUCAGCUGUGUGCAUAUUGUACUGCACAAAACCACCAGCCUACAAUAGAUUGAAAGUUUAGAAAGACUUGAAAACAAUACCAAAUCUGUUCUUCCCACUAAGCUAGCAGAAGUGCAGAGGAAUGAAGUUUCUCCUCUUUCCUCACUCCUGCAGGCCUCAGAGCCUGCAUGGCCAGUGUCUUCUAGAGUGCUGCAGAGGGUCACCUGUUUCAAGGCUGUUGCCUAAAUUCUUAUGCUUAGUGUUCUACAGAAGACAGACAAAUUGACUCACUCCCCCACCCCUCUCAUCCUCCUUUCUUCUUUUCUUUCUGUCUGUCUUACUGCUGGGAUGUAACUCAGAGCUUUCACUUGCCACCGAGCCACACCCACAAGGUCUGGACUGGCACUGUAGUUCUGUGAUAGAACAUGUAUGUAACCUAGAACUAGAGCUCCAUCCCAGCACCUCAGAGGAUAGAUGAUUGACAGACAGACAAACAGACAGACAGACAGACAGAUAGAUCUAGAAAGGAAGGAAGGACUCUGAAACCCUGUCCAAGUUCGAGUCCUGAGUCAAACACCACAGGUCCCUGUCCUAAAUGCCUCUGCAGACAGCCUCGCUGGGGCAGCCACCGUCACAGUCUGGUGGCAGUUUCUUCAUAAUGCAUUGAGGUCUCUCAGGCUCCCCUCAGCUCCAGCUCAGCCUUUGCCACCACCACUGCCCUCAAGCACCCUGUUCUGUCUCUGUAGGCAGCAGGACCAGCAGAGAACUUCUCAGAGAAAGAGAGAGGGUCAGCAGUUCUGGGAAUGGAAAGCCUCUCCAUUGAAGGUGUAAACUCCCUAGAAUCAUUUAAAUCAUUUUCGAACCAGGGUGUUUUUUAGCCAAGGACGUUUAAAUUGCAAAGCAGCCACUGACAACACUUUAACCCUGUGCAUGAGUUCUUUAUCAUGUGAUCUGUCUGACCACAUUAAUGAGAGGGAAUUAUGUAAAAUGCAGUGGCAGUUUUUAAGUACUGGAACAAAGUAUACAACUUUAAAUUAGCAUGGUUCAGUCGCCAAAAUUAAUUACCUCCAACAGUAAUUAGGGUAAUUGGAUUUUCAAAACUUCUACUCAGUGUUAGGAUUGUGUAGCUGGUGGUGUGGGGAGAUGGCAGUGUAGCAAACCGUGUGCAGUUGUGGUUUGAGAAGAUGUAGAGCUGGAAGGGAACCUGCUGUCUCCUGGGCUGAGGCUUUUUCUUACCCACAGGUGCUGCUUGUUCUGUGCUGGAUGGUCCAGCAGUCUUUGUCGUCCCCCUUAUCAACUUCGGUUUUUGAGGACAGGUGAAGGUGUGUGUGUGUGUGUGUGUGUGUGUGUGUGUGUGUGUGUGUAGGGUGUGUGUGUGUGUAAGGUGUGUGUGUGUGUGUUUGUGUGCAUGCGUGUGUGUGCGUGGCUUUCGUAGGCCUGUACUCACUGAAAGCAGGUCUCCUAAGCUGUUGAUACUCUACAGUACUGCAAACUGGCUCCCACAUCCUGUUCAUAGUCUUCCCCUCUAGACUUUGCAGUCAUUUGUCCUUGAGUUUGUUCACCUCCAUUCUGGUGUCUCUCCUUAUUUCAGAGUGGUCCCAGGAUUUAACCAAGUUCUUGUGAUUAACAACAAACAUUUUAUGAGCAGGAAAAUGAUGGCUAUCAUUUAAAUAGUCCAUUGUUUUGACUGAAAACUGAAACCACACACACGUUCUUUCCUCACACGUUUUUUCCUCAAAAUAACUCACUUUGGCUAUGUGGUCCCUACAGUGAAGUUUGAAUGCUGUGGUUCUUAUGCCCAGACCUCCUCAGCACCAGGGUAUGGAUGCCCAUGUACCAGGCCCUGGCUGUGUUUGGAGUCAGGUUGGAAGUGUUACUCUGGUUUCUAGAUGGAGAGCUUGAAGUGAGAGGAAUCCAGCCGAGGUGGACAGAACGAAUGAAUUCGUUAUAGUUAUUCCUGCUUCCAAGUCUCCUGCUUGUUCACCUGUUGCAAGAUUUUCAAAUUCCAGUGGUGACUGAGAGUGCUUAAUUUGUAUGUAGUACUUUUCUGAAACAGGAAGGGCUGGGUGAGGAGAGAGGACUAUGCAGGGGCCAGACAGUGAGCACCUGUUACUAGGCAAGGGAAUGUGGCCACAGAGCUGGAGCAGCAGACAUGAUGUGAGUGGAGCAAGAAGGAUCGAGGAUCCUUGGGUCUAGCUAGUGUGGGGACUCUGAGUUUGGAAAGGCAAGCAGAAGCAGAAGACUACAGAAGGAGGUUCAGAGGGUGUGGUAAUUUUGAAACAGGGUUUUAUAUAGCCCGGGUUUGGGUCUCUCUUGUGUGUCUGGCCUUAGCUUUGAACUCUUGAUCCUGCUGUCUCCAUUUCAGCUGUGAGUGCUGGGACUGUGGGUACCAUUGAGAAACGUGAGAAAUGUGGAUAUAGGAAGGGUGGAAGGGUGUGGAGUGUUACAGGACACCUGAGCUCACAUGGGGCCUGGGUGCAGAGAAGACUGGGAUGAAGACGUAGUGUCUAGCAUGGGGAGGGACAAAGAGAUGAGCACUGGGGAGGGAGUCCAGUGUGUCACAGAGUGACUUCGAGGCCACUUGGACAGGUUACUCAGCCACAAUAUCAAGUGCCAAGGCACCUCAGACCAUUCACCUGGAGCCAGGGGCUGAAAUAAAGGCCUCUGACAUGGAGAGGACCUCUUCGUUGCCAUGGUGAUUGCUGUCCCUUUCACACUUGAAAUUCCCAAAGGUGUUUUGGAAGAGGGCCUAUGCAGAGGCAUCAGGACAGGAGAGGCCCAGCCCUGCCCUGGGGAAUGUGGGCUAUGGAGGGGAAAGGAGGGAGAGAGGAGGAGGCUAAGUAGACCUGGUAGCUGUGGGACACACUGCUCACUUCAGCUCUCUAAGCACUGAUCCGUUAGUCCUGUGAGCUUGCAAGUCUAACUCUUUCCUCUGUUCUCAUCCACAACAUGCAGAUGACCAGGUUACAUGAUGAUAGCAAGACGCUCACAACCCCAGUCCUGAGUGAAGAGUCAGGACCAGGGCCUCCCUGGGAGCAAGGGGGCGGGGCUGAGCAUAUUUUACAGUUAAAAUCAUUAGUUUUAAGAUCUAUAUGUUGUUUGGAAAAUGUCCUUGAUUUUAUCAGUAGACUCCUCUCCCAGGGAAAGUGUUGGUUUGAGCAUCCUGAGAAUGUGCUUCUAAGAAGAGGGAGGAAGGUCCUGUCAGAGUCUCCACAUCGAAGACGCUAAGAACACUUGUCUAAGGACACUUGUGAAGUCCCCACUCCCCAAACAGUCCCCACUCCCCAAACAGUCCCCACUCCCCAAACAGUUCCCACUCCCCAAACAGUUCCCAUUCCCCAAACAGUCCCCACUCCCCAAACAGUCCCCACUCCCCAAACAGUUCCCACUCCCCAAACAGUCCCCACUCCCCAAACAGUUCCCACUCCACCAAACAGUCCCCACUCCCCAAACUCCCCACUCCCCCAAACAGUCCCCAAUCCCCAAACUCCCCACUCCACUCCCCCAAACAGUCCCCACUCCCCAAACUCCCCACUCCCCCAAACAGUCCCCACUCCCCAAACAGUCCCCACUCCACUCCCCCAAACAGUCCCCACUCCCCAAACAGUCAACACUCCCCCAAACAGUCCCCACUCCCCCAAACAGUCAACACUCCCCCAAACAGUCCCCACUCCCCAAACAGUCCCCACUCCACCAAACAGUCCCCACUCCCCAAACAGUCCCCACUCCCCCAAACAGUCAACACUCCCCCAAAGAGUCCCCACUCCACUCCCCCAAACAGUCCCCACUCCCCCAAACAGUCCCCACUCCCCCAAACAGUCAACACUCCCCCAAACAGUCCCCACUCCACUCCCCCAAACAGUCCCCACUCCCCCAAACAGUCAACACUCCCCCAAACAGUCCCCACUCCACCAAACAGUCCCCACUCCACCAAACAGUCAACACUGUCCUAGUCGGUUUCUAUUCCUGCACAAACAUCAAGACCAAGAAGCAAGUUCGGGAGGAAAGGGUUUACUCAGCUCACACUUCCACAUUGCUGUUCAUCACCAAAGGAAGUCAGGACUGGAACUCAAGCAGGGCAGGAAGCAGGAGCUGAUGCAGAGGACACGGAGGAAUGUUUCUUACUGGCUUGCUUCCCCUGGCUUGCUCACCUUGCUCUCUUAGAGAACCCAGGGCCACCAGCCCAGGGACAGCACCACCCACAAUGGGCUGGGCCCUCCCUCCUUGAUCACUAUUUGAGAAAAUGCCUUACAGCUGGGUCUCAGGAAGGCAUUUCCUCAAGGGAGGCUUUGUUCUCUGAGAUAACUCCAGCUUGUGUCGAGUUGACACGCAAACCCAGUCAGUACAGACAUCAAACAAAAGUCACCUCCAGUUUGUCUGGGGGAGACAUCCAGUGGAAUGUGUGUGGACAUGGGUGGUGACCCCCACAGCAGAUCAGGGUUGGCAUUGGUGGGGAGCAGUGCGGGAUGCCCCUCACUGGGUAGCCAAGUGUUCAUUUCGUUUUAUAACUCAGAGUCGCACACUGCAUACAGACCCCCAUCUCACAUACAGCAGAGACGUGGCUCGCGUUCACAGUGUUCCUUGCAGAAACAUGUCUGAAGCUGAGGACCCAAGCUGGCAGCUUGCUCUGCCACUGUUUGCAUAAGCUCAUCCCAGCCCACUCUCUUUACAGAGUUGUUUUGUAUUUUACCACUUGCUCUGUCUUACCAUGAAGUCUCACAUACUUUUCAAAAAGUGCUGUUUCUGGUAAUGCCCCUGCCUUGUGGCUGAGACCAUGGCUGUUAGUUCAAGAGAGAGGUGUUUGCCCAGCACACAUGGGUCUCCUAAGACCUCCAUCUCCAUUCUUUGUUGUCAUGGAGAUUGUUAUCCCCUACACACCUGCAAUUCCUAGAAAUGCCUUGGAAGGAAGCCUGAGCCACUCCAGUGACACAGCCACUGUCCAGAAGGGGUAGUCCUACACAUGCAAGCCCCAAAGGUCCUGCUGUGCCCUAGAUGCCACACCAGCACCUGCCUGGUGAAAAGAUAUGUCCUUUCUCAUGGACCAGCCAUUCACUGUGAGGACAGAAGGUGCUUCACAGGACAAGGACACAAGUCAGCCACAGUUCCCCAGGUGCCACAAGGUCCCUAGAACGCAGUGGAAGGCCAGUGUCCACACAUCGCUGGGAUGAGAUGUGGGCCUAGAGAAGACAUACUGAACUAAGUAAGGUCUGUGCUAAGAGCUAGUGGCCCUCCUGAUGGAGUGCAGCCUGCGUGUCUGUCCUGUGAACCCUGUCAGAAUGCCUUGCUGGAAGGGGCUGCCCUCCACACACAUUUCCACAGGCCUCAGAUCAUGACUGCCUUGUUCUCGUCACCACUGCAUAGCUUGUGGAGGAAAGGGCCGGAGCCGUGAAGCCUCCAUGGUGAAGCCUCCACGUGUCAGAAUGACAGAAGGAGAUGAGACCUGACACUGGGAAGCAGCUCUGCCCCUUGGAGACAGCAGCAGGCAGGGGUGAGGAUUGAGAAAGGCUGGCAUCUCCAAAGGCCGAGGCCCUAAGUUUGCCCUGCGAGAUCAUAACACAACCAGCCAGCCCAUCACUUUGAGCCCAUGCCUCAGUGUCUCCAUCCUGAAAGUGGGAUGGUUGCUCCCACUCAGUGGAAUGGCAGAGAGAGCCAAGCAAAGCACAUUGCUCUGGGCACUGACUGCUCAGUGAGCGAUGGGAUAGCGUGUGCCCUUUCAGACCAUCAGUUUGCCCUUUUGACCGUUCCUCUGUGUGCCUUUGCAACUGUUUGAUUGGUGAUCUGAUUCGGCAAUAGCUCAUCUCUUCACAGGCAAAGGAGCACCCUCUGGCAGCAGGGACCACCUUAGUCCUUGCUGUAGCUUGGCCAGCCUGUGGCGUGGCUGAGAGGUAGUAGACCCUUUAAGUGGUGGGACUUACUGGAAGAAAGUCAGGUCUCUGGGGCACGAGGGGGAAAUGAGACCCUGGCCCUUUGUCUUAGCUAGGGUUUCAUUGCUGUGAACAGACACCAUGAGGCAACCCUUAUAUAGGAAAACAUUUAAUUGUGGAUGGCUUACAGGUUCAGAGGUUCAGUCCACGACCAUCACAGCGGGAAGACUUGGUGCUGGAGGAACUGAGAGUUCUACAUCUUCAUCUGAAGGCGUAGAAGGAGACUGGACGUGUUUUACACUAGGCACAGCUUGAGCACUUAAGACCUCAAAACCCCACCUCCACAGUGACACACUUCUUUAACAAGGCCACACCUCCUCCGAUAAGGCCACACUUCCUAAUAGAACCACUCCCUACAGCCAAACAUUCAAACACAUGAAUCUGUGGAGGCCAUAGGUAUUCAAAAGGCCACCUUCCAUUCCCUGUCCCCCAGAGGUUUAUAGACAUAAAAUAAUGCAAAAUGCAUCUAGUCCAACUUCAGAAGUCCCCAUGGUAUAUCAUAGUCUCAACAAUGUUUAAAAGUCCAAAGUUCAAAGUCUCUUCUAAGAGUCAUGCAAUCUCUUAACUGCAAUUCCCUAUAAUAUCAAAAUAAGAAAUAAAGAAA